AUGUGCAGCCAGCGUCAUAUUAUAGGAGGUGGACUCUAUCAUCAUCAUCAUCAUCAUCCCCAGCCAAUGGAGAAACCAGUGGAGGACACACUUAAACAGUGUCUCCGGAGCAGUGCGGACCAGAGCGCAGCGCCCGGCACCACAAAUCCAACUUCCCGCACACGUACUCCCACACAACAUCUGAACAACAGAAAGUCACGAUGUGAAUGUCCAGCAUCGGUUUAUCCAAUGAUUGAGUCCAGCACGCCGACCAUGUUGGACAGAACUGAACAGGCACACUGCACUGUGUGCUGCUGCACUCUGGCCAACAAAAUCCUCAUGGUGCUCUUCAUGGUGCUGCUGAUCUUUGCCACCCUGUUUGGAAAUCUGGUGACUCUUGCUGUGGUUCUGGGAACCAAGCACUUCCACACCCCACAGGGAUACCUGAAGGCAUCCCUCGCCGUGGCCGAUCUGGCAGUGGGAAUAUUUGUGGUCCCGCUUUCCGUUUACGCUGAGGUUUAUCUCAUGGUCACUGACUCGGCACCGGAGUGGACCUCGUACAACUCACAAUCGGUGAGUUUUCACCCAUGCAACAUCAUCGGCCCCAUCUUUGCUGGGUGCACUUUGGUCUCCAUUACGACUAUUUUCUUUCUGACAAUCGAACGAAGCAUCGCCGUGCUCAGGCCUUUGCACAAGGACUCGGUAAUUACUCGUAAAAGGACCACGAUCCUAAUUGUCCUCUCCUGGGUGGGAAGUUUCUUCUUGGCUGUGUGUCCGAUAGUUUUCAGCAGUGAGAUUGCUUUGGAGUAUAACUCCUGCAGUCGGAUGUGUAACUACGCUCUGGGUACAAUUGGCAAGUUCCCCAGCCAGGCCUGGAACAUCCUCCUCCUCUUCCCCGCGUUUGACUUCACCCUCCUUGGUGGCACAGUGGUCAUUAACAUCAUCUCUCUUUCCAGCAUCAGGCAGCACUCAAGACGUAGGAAACACUUGGCCGAGAGUGAAAGCCAAAGCACGACCAAACCCACAUUCUCAGACAUUAAAGCAGCCAAAACCAUCGGGACUCUAACUGUGGCUUUCACUGUAUCGUUCACUCCAAUCGCUGUCUUUGUGGUCGGGAACGUUUUGGGGAAUAAAUGGUGCAACUUUUCCUUUUUCGCCUUCUGGAUUUUGGCUACCAAUAGUUGCUGGAAUGUCAUUAUUUACAGCGUGAGGGAUCAGAAGUUCAGGCUGCGGGCACAGAAACUGCUGAUGCCGUUCCAUAGAAAAAACACCACCAAAACUUAAAAUCGCCCAGGACCAAAGACGAAGGUCGUACACGAGGAGGGCCGCAUCAUUUAGAUGGUUGUUUUUUGCACAAACUCUUUGUUCAAACACAUUGUGAGUCUCUUAAGAGACAUACCUGCAUGUUUUGUGCAUUGCUGUUGUGAAAUUACAGUUUAUUUUUACAUCGAUAAAAAGCAUGGAGCUUUUUCAGAUCACAACUGUUUCUCUCUGUGGGCAUUUGUCUUGUUUUGUGAAACAUUUAAAAACUGAAGCCUGUUUCAGUUAUUGGAAUGAUUGUUUGCCUGAGUGUAAUUAAUUAAAACCCGAUGAAA